CCACCCCGCAGCCCACCCCACAAGCCCUCCCUCUGUGCCCAUUGCUUUGUUAGGAGAUUGUUAGUAUGGCGGCGGCACAUAUUCGCAGUGCCUAGUGCCGAGAAACUUGCCUGUUUUUGGAUCGACCACCUUCUCAAUGUCGGUCUCGAAGCAGAGGGCGAGGGUGGACCCCACGGCCAUCACAAACAGACACGCCAAGGCAACACGCCGGCCCGUCUGGUACCAACUGCACACACAUGCAAUCAAUCAGUACACAUACAUAGCUAGCUACGUACACGCGUCCUCCCUCCCUCACUGCCUGCCUCUUUCCUCCUUACGAUGGUUUGUUCUCCUGGUCGGCGUAGAUGAGGAAAAGCAGAAAGAAACCAGCUGCACAAUGACAGACAGACCAGACAGACAGACAUGGCCCAGCCGAAAGAGACAGAGGAGGCAUUCAUCUAUCUCGUGGACAGCACUCGACUAGCAGCGUCCAUGUCUCUGUCGCCUUGCUGCGAUGUGGAAUGGUGUGGUGUGGUGUAGAGCGUACCAAGUGCGCCCCCCAGGUGGCCAAAGUGAUCUGCCGCACCCCACCCACACAGGCACAUACAAGAUCGUGCCUCACGUGUCGGCACACGUACGCCUCUCACUCACUCACUCACUCACUCACCGAGAUUUGUUCCCUGGGAGGUCACAAAUAACAUAAAAAACACCAGAUAGACGGCGAAGAAUCUGCACCACACCACACCACACCACACCACACACAGCGGCACCGGAUGAGUGAAUGGGCGCCAUUCAUGUGGACGUUGCCCAUGCCCACAUCCAUCCCUCCACCCCUUGAGGCGCCAGUCGUACAUGAGUUGGUAGAUGGCUCUUGAGCGGCUCAUGCCGGACAGCAGGUGCCAUAUCAGCACCACCUCUGCUAUCUGAACACAAGCACACUCACGCAGACACAUGGGCCAAUGGAUGGAUGGAUGAAUGGAUGAGCACCGUGGGACGGACGAACUGCUGCCCACCUGCGCCCCGAUGAUGCCGAACCCAGAUGUCGACGCGCCCACGGCAGUCUACAAACACAAAUACAUACGUACAUACGUACAUGCACGCAGCACGCACACAUAUGAGUGGUUGGUGCUGCCUGCCUGCGUGUGUAUGUGGCUGCAGGGGUUGCGGGGCUUACGUUGCAGGGAUGCACGGCGGUGGAGAAGAGGUUGGCCAGGAUGCCACUCCCGAAGUAUAUCAGAUGGAAACGACCUAUCCCGUACCUACAACACGCACAACCACAACCACACGCAAAACACCAACGACUGAGGGGGCCAAACCACCGUGGCGAAGACGCCUUGAAUUGUGCUUGUGUUGCUUGCUCACUUUUGUUCGACCUGCAUCCCCAUAGCGAUCUGGACGAAGACGUUCAUCUGACGCAAUCAACACCACCCACACCCACACAGGCAGGCAGGGAGAGAAGAGGAGUGUAUGUGUGCAUCCUAUCCUCCCUCCCUCCCUGCCGCCUGUUUGUUCAAGUGUUUGGUGUCUAUCUUUGUGCUGUCUGCCUGCCUGCCUGACCAGCAGGUGGCUGAGGUUGGCGUGCAGGAAUAUGGGCAUGAAAAGGCGCCACACCUCGCCCCUCUGCAGAUUGGGACCAUAGGAACACCCGAAUAGCAAAAGCGAAUGCCUGCAGGCCGCCACGCGCGACACACACCACACCCAGCCGCCCCCACACAGACAAACAGUCACACAUGACAACACAUCUGUCUGUCUGUCUGUCUGUCUGUCAUCCGCCAAGUGUCUGCCUGUAUGUGUGUGUUGUGACUGACCGUGUGGGCGCGGCUCUUUCCUGCCCCGGGAUGAGAGAUAGGAAGUAGACGACCAUCUGGAUCAUGCUCAGCCACACUAUGUGGAGCUGCCACGUGCAACCGGGAAAAAACAUGUCCACAAACCUGCCACACACACAUGCAAUGCACAACCAACACGACGGACGCACCACAAUGACACACAUCAACCACCAUCAGCCGUCCAUCGCCUGUUUGUCGUUGAUUCACCUGAUAUCUCCCGAGCCGCCUGACGCCGCCACCGUGGGCAACGGCGUGCCUUCAUUGCGCUGCUGCUGGUAAUCAGUCAAACGAUGCACGUUCGGCAUGGCGAAAUGAGCAGCCGAGUCCGAGGCGGGCACAACCACUCACACACACU